AUGAGUUCUGCCGGCACUGCCGUACAGACGAUGAUGCAGGCGGUGCAGGCCUAUUCACCGGCUCACUCCUCUCCCGAAUCGGUGGACCACCACGAUGAUGAAGUGGUCAUGGCUGCAUCCUCCUCUUCAGCCACUACUCUCAAUGACAAGCCGCUGGACUUCUCCAAACCGUCCAGUGCCGCCUCAAAGACACCGCCCUCCAGUUCAGAGGAGGAUGAUCACCACCACCACCAUCCCCUUCUGUCGUACAAUGGCACUCAACAGUCUCGAAGUGCCAUUGAUCCAGUGGCGUUGUCCAAGUCGCUGGCUGCCGCUGCUUCAGGUGGGGGAAUGUACGGCAAUUUUCCCUCCGCUCAAAAGGCAAAGUACGUCAAGAAUGACCACGUCUUUAGCACCCCUUCCCCGUCACCUCCAGAGCGAACUUCACAUCACCCCCAUCACCCUCUUAAUCACAGCAGUUUCGGCUUGCCAUCGCCACUGAGCAGCAGCAGCAUUCCAUCGCCACAGCAGGCGGCGAACAUUGGCAUUACCGCAGAAUCGGCGGACAGCCAUUCGAAUGCAGCCAUGGCAAGUCAGAUGUUUGGACUGCUCAGUCAGUUUGCCGCAGCACAAGGACAAAAUCCCUCUUCCUCCCCUGCCGCUUCCUCCGCCUCACCACUGCUAAAGGCACUUCAGAUUGCCGGGGGACAGCAGGCACAAGCUCAGGCUCAACAGCAGCAGCAACAGGCGGCACUGAUUCAGGCACUGAUGCAAUCAGCUCAGCAGCAACAGCAGUUGCAACAGCAGAACCCAAACCUGGGCGCUGAACUGCUGAAGAGUCUGAUGGCAGCUGCCGCUGUCAGCUCGCCGGGGGCGCCUCCCACCGCCGUCUCACCCAAACUCAGCUCACCG